AAUGAAAGAUUGUUUCUCUUCAAAUUUGUUGUUGUUAUUUCGGAUCAUAUGAAUCCGGAUCAUUAGUUUUUACAUGGUAUCAGGAGAAAAUUCACCACUUCCUUCGCUUCCGCUCCUUUACUCUUUUUUUUUUAGUUAUCAUGGCGAAUCGCAAUGCUCGCGGUGGUAACGCACCUCCAAUUCCUUCGAUGGAGGAUUCUUCCAGUCCUUAUUACCUUCAUCCGAGCGAUAAUCCAAGUCUUCAGCUCGUUCCUCAAGUUUUAACCGGUUCAAACUACAUCAAUUGGAGUAGAUCUGUGAAUACUGCUCUGUUGGCUAGCUUUGAUGAAUGUGAGAAGGCUGCUUCCUUCUCCAGUAAUACUGGCAUACCUUCGUCUGACCAAUGUCAACUGCUCAUCCAGCUCUUGCAAUCUCAACUUGCUGCUGCUGCCACUCCCUCUUCAUCAUCUUCUUCAGCCUCACCAAAUAAUAAUCCAUCCACAAACUGUGCUUCUUUCACAGGGAGCUUCACAGGGAAUUGUGAUUGGGAGGGGUAAUCGCAUGGGAAAUCUAUACACUCUUGAUACUUGUGAUCCAGAAAAUCUUCAAGAGUCCUCCCUACCUUCUGCUUCUGUUAUAUCUUCUGAGAAUGUCAUUCCAGCUUCUCUUUUAGCU